AUGGUUUCCUCCUACACUCGUCUCCUCACGGCCAUCUGCGCCCUCGCUGGCUCCGCCGCUGCAGUGACUCCCCUCAAGGUCCAGGGCAAGGACUUUGUCAACACAAAGACCGGUGACCGGUUCCAGAUUCUCGGUGUUGACUACCAGCCCGGUGGUUCUUCUGGUUUCACCAAGGACAGCGAUCCUCUGAGCGACGGUGAUGUCUGUCUCCGUGACGCCGCUCUGAUGCAGCGCCUGGGUAUCAACACUAUCCGUGUCUAUAACCUUGAGCCCACCCUCGACCACAACAAGUGCGCCUCCAUCUUCAAUGCCGCCGGUAUCUACAUGAUCCUCGAUCAGGUCUUCGGUGUAAUCGAGGCCUUCAAGUCCUUCGACAACGUCCUCGGCUUCUUCGCCGGAAACGAAGUCAUCAACGAGGAUGCCACUCGCCUGGCUCCUGCUUAUGUUCGUGCCGUUGUCCGUGAUAUGAAGGAUUAUAUCGCCAAGCAGUCCGACCGCGCCAUCCCCGUUGGCUACUCGGCUGCCGAUGUCCGUGACAUCCUGAUGGACACUCUUAACUACUUCGAGUGCGACCUGAAGAACUCUACCAGCUCGCGCGCUGACUUCUUCGGUCUCAACUCCUACUCCUGGUGCGGUGAUGCUUCCUACAAGUCCAGCGGCUACGACGUCCUGACCGAGGACUUCUCCAACGCCACUCUGCCCGUCUUCUUCUCCGAGUACGGCUGCAACGAGGUCAAGCCCCGUAUCUUCACCGAAGUGCAGGCCCUCUACGGCGAAGAGAUGACCCAGGCUUUCUCAGGUGGACUCGUUUAUGAGUGGACUCAGGAAGAUAAUGAAUACGGACUCGUCCAGGUCAAUGACAAUGGUACCAUCACCACUCUGAUCGACUAUGACAACCUGCAGAAGCAGUUCAACAAGCUCGACAUGAGCCGGAUCUCCGCCAGCAACAGCUCCCAGACCAGCGUCACCCCGGCGACCUGCAGCGCUGACCUGAUCACGAACUCCACCUUCUACAACGCCUGGAACUUGCCCGAUGCGCCCUCCAAGGUCUCGGACUACAUCAAGAACGGUCUGCCCAACAAGCCCUCCGGCUCUCUGGUCUCGGUGACUGCCACCACUCUCUCCGAGAAGGUCUACGACUACACUGGUGCCGAGAUCACCGAUGUCAAGUUCAAGGUUCUGGCCAACGACGAGUCUAACACUCCCUCCAACUCGUCUACCGGCUCUUCCACCUCCUCAUCUUCCUCGGGUACCUCCACCCACUCCAAUGCCGCUUCUUCUCUGAACGGUGCCCCCUCCAUUGCCCUGGGUGGUCUGAGCGGUGUUUUUAUGCUGCUUGCUUCUCUCCUGUAA